AUGGAUUGGAUAACGAAAUCAGCCCCAUUCCAGCCAUAUAAAACUAAAAAUGCCGAAGCUUAUUGCACACAGCCAUUAAUACCAAAUUGUCAGCUGGUGCCUCAAGCAGCGGCACCAUCGUCUUCUGACAAUGCUUCUCCUUCGAUGAUCGAAUGUCAGCCGUUAGUGGAAGAAAAUAUCUCGAUGGCGAAUCUUCUGACAUACUCUCCAAGUUCUUCAAAGGAUUAUAUCAUUGGUUCACCAACCAUCCAAAAUGAAGAGAGCUUCGAUAUAACACUUGCCGAAUUGCAACUUCCUGAACUGACUGCUCGUAUUAUACCUGAAAUAGAAUGUUGCUUCGCAAAUGACUCUUCAUUUCAAAAUGAAGUAAAGAUGAGCGAAUUUUUUUCGCCAGCUGAAGUACAUCCAUACUGUAAUGAGAUUCAAGCUUCUUAUAAUCCUAAUUCUGUUGACGAAGUGGAAUCUAGCAGUAACAUUUAUAAUAAUGAGUACAUUGGCAAUUAUGAAAUGAGUACGUUAUCUCAAACUAAUCAUGAUGAUGACGCCUUUGAUACUACUGGUUUGAGCACAAAGUUGCCUCCAUUCAAAGUGUUGGUUAAAUCUAUUUUACAUAAAUGA